AUGGGCCCCCUCCACAUCGUCGACCUCGGCUCCCCGACAACCUCCUCAACGCCAACCUCACCCACAACCCCCACCCCACCAGCCCAGAUCAUGGCCAACCUCGCCGCCCGCGUCGUCCUCGGCCUCGCCGCCAACGCCGCCAUGGCCGUGCCCCUCCGCAUCCUCUACCGCCACGGCGAGUUCGCCGCCGCCGUCUUCAUCACCACCACCAUGAUCCUCAACGGCUUCACCAUCGCCCACGCCCUCAUCUGGCGCGACGACGACACCUCCGCCUGGUGGCUCGGCGAGGGCUACUGCGACGCCUUUCCCUACGUCUAUUUCCCCUCAUGA